GCCGGCCAGACUGGCCACCCUAGCAGCGGCGUCUAGGGGUCUGGACGUGGUCGCCGGUGACCGCGCGGCGGCAUGGAGGCCUCGCGCUACCGACUCGGACCCCGCGGGGACAGUGCCUUUGAAGAUGAGACCAUGAGGCUUCGACAGCUGAAACUAGAUAAUCAGAGAGCACUGCUGGAGAAGAAGCAAAGAAAAAAGCGCCUUGACCCACUCAUGGUACAGCCAAAUCCAGAAGCCAGGCUAUGUCGGUCAAAGCCCAGAGGCAGUGAGGAGCAUACUCCUUUAGUGGAACCUCAUACUCCUCACAGUGACGUCAUCUUACAUGGCAUUGAUGGUCCAGCUGCCUUCCUGAAGCCAGAUGCUCAAGAUUUAGAAACCAAACUUCAUGUUCUUUCGGUAGGCUCUUCUGCUACAGAAGAAGAUACUGAAAGCAGUGUUGAUGGGGAAAGCACCUUGGAUACUGCUUCCAAGCCAGGUCUUCAGGAGAUUCUCCAGAAACAUGGUAUCUCAGGUAGUUUGAACUUUGAUGAAGAGGAGACUGACAAUGAGGAAGAAGGAAAAAAAUUAACAUCCCAUUCAAUACAUUCAGAAACAAGGAGACCCAAUUCUGCAUCCAGCCAGAAGUCAGCCACAGAUACAGGAGCUUCCAGUACUGCCGCCCAACAGGCUGAUAACCACCUGGGAGAAGUGGAGAAUUUAGCGGACUUUGCAUAUAGUCCUGCCCCUCGAGGUAUCACAGUAAAGUGUCGCAUAACCAGGGAUAAAAAAGGAAUGGAUCGGGGUCUCUUCCCCACCUACUAUAUGCAUUUGGAAAAAGAUGAAAAUCGGAAGGUAUUUCUUCUUGCAGGUAGAAAGCGGAAAAAGAGCAAAACAUCCAACUACCUUAUCUCCACUGACCCAACAGAUUUAUCUCGUGAAGGAGAAAGUUAUAUUGGCAAACUCAGAUCCAACCUCAUGGGGACCAAGUUUACAGUUUAUGACCAUGGUGUCAGCCCAAUCAAAGCCCAGGGUCUGGUGGAAAAGGCCCACACGCGCCAGGAGCUGGCCGCCAUCUGCUACGAAACAAAUGUACUUGGAUUUAAAGGUCCUAGGAAAAUGUCUGUGAUCAUUCCAGGGAUGAAUAUGAAUCAUGAACGGAUCCCAUUUCGGCCACGAAAUGACCAUGAGAGUUUGCUUUCAAAAUGGCAAAACAAAACCAUGGAGAACUUGAUUGAGCUGCAUAAUAAGGCCCCAGUCUGGAACGAUGACACCCAGUCCUACGUCCUGAACUUCCAUGGCCGGGUCACCCAGGCGUCUGUGAAGAACUUUCAGAUAGUCCACGGAAAUGACCCUGACUAUAUAGUCAUGCAGUUUGGACGUGUGGCAGAUGACGUGUUCACACUGGACUACAACUACCCGCUGUGUGCACUUCAGGCCUUCGCCAUUGGGCUUUCCAGCUUCGACAGCAAGCUAGCGUGUGAAUGAGAGCAGAAGCAAGCGCGGAGCUGGGCUUCCUCACUGCAGAGCUUUCGGGAGCAGAUAGUUGCUGCCCUUGCCCUUGCCCUUGCCAUUGCCCUUGCCCUUGCCCUUGCCCUUGCCCUUGGCAUUGCCCUUGCCCUUGCCCUUGCACCAGGGUGUGAAGAGUCCCCUUCGGAAUGAUCCCUGAAUGUAUGUGUGUAUAUGUGUAUAUGUAUGUGUACACACACACACACACACACACACUCCUCUGGGUUUCAUAGACUUGGUCAGGGAUCACAUCUUAGCGUGGGUGAGAGAUUGCUUAAAGCACAGAGAGGUUCUUAUCACCUUGGUGACUCGUGAUGUUAUUGCCCAACAGAUUCUGUGCCUCAAGGGUGAGUUUUCCAAUGCUUGGAAACUUGCAGUAGAAUCAGGUUCUAAUGAUUAAAUACUUGGGUCUCUUUUUUUGAAGAUCUUUUCACAGGGAGUCAGUUCCCUAAAUUACCUUUAGUCUCCAGGGCAGGGGUCUGCAAACUUUUUCUGCAAAUGGCCAGAUAGUCUCUCUCACAGCUAGUCAAUUCUGCCUUUGUAAUGGAAAGCCACCACGGGCAAUUCAUGAGUGACUGAGUGUGGCUGUGUUCCAGUGAAACUAUUCACAAAAACGGGCAGCAGGCUAGAUCUGGCCUAUGGGUUGCACUUUGCCAACCCCUGCUUCAGGUGUAUCCAUAUACUCUAUGGCUUGAGCAUCUUUCAAAAUGGGUGUAUUUAUAAAGGAACAGUGCUACAGAUUGUCUCUAAACAGAUGCCACAUCCACUGUUAGUUACACAGAUUUACCUUGUUUUGGUGACAUUGGUUUCUAGAGUACCAUCUACUGUUAAGACUGGGAAAACCCAAAGUUAGGGAUCAUUUAACUAAUUAAGUCACUAAGGUCACUUAAUUCUGCUGUCUCACCCACCUUACCCACGGGAGACAGUGAUGACAGCCACUUUACCCACCCUAAGAAAAGAACUUACGCCCACUACAAAACAAAUCUGGAAUUGUGUGUUCUUUAUCAGAGCGAGUGUGGUAUUUGUUUCCCAGAGCUCGCUGUCCCCCCAGGGCUGGGAAAGCACUGAAUCACAGUCCUCUCUUCCCUUCCUUCCCUCAGAGCAGGUUGGCUGGAACCACCUUGAUCAAAGUGGCUGUGGCCAGAUUUGUGAUCAAUUAUGUGAGAAUUUUAUAUAAGUGUCUUCAUGUCAGUUAAGGCUAAAAGCAUAAACUCCAGAGGUGACUUAGUCUAGUUUAAGACUGAGAGUAAUUUGAUAAUUGCCUUCAUUUUCGACCCAAGAGUGCCUCCCACAGCUGUGUCACUGUGGAGCCAUUAGUGUGGAGGGACACACACACCUGUAGACAUCAUGUGCAGACCCUUUGUUAUUGUCAUUAUCAAGAGAGGUGGCAGGCGAGGCCCUGGUAAGGACCAGCCAGCUGCCUCUCAGCUCUGCAGGCCUCAGUGGGCAGACCUUGGGCCUUUCUUCUUGACAUGAGGAUUGUCAAUGCCCAGCACCUGGUUCGUUGGUGCAGAUCAUGCUCCUGUCACUUUUCAUCACAGAUCAGAAGAUUUUCAUUAAGUCUUUCAGAUUAUUAGCACCUUUCAAAUCAUAUGACUAUUGUACCAGUUCGCCCGUCCUGGCUGUUUCUGAACUUUGAGAAUGUGAGAACUCGGCGCGCCCUGCCUUCAGCCUGUGCGCUGAGCUGUUAGCGGGGGCCAGGGAGCCGUGGCUGUUGCUCCCUCAGGUUUCCCUCCUGUGGACUGCCUUUGCGUCCUUGCGUCCUGUUGCUUCCGCCCCACAUCAAAUGACCACUUGAAGGAAAGAGAUCGGGGAGAUGCAAAGACCCUCGGCUCAUCCCCUGCUGGCAGGUCCGCCCUGCGUGGUUUUGACACGACUGGUUUCCAUCUCAGGCAUGCUUGCCAUCAAGUGCCUCCUUUCUAGAAGUGCCCCAGAGCCCUUCACACCUCCGUUCCCCUGUCCUGAGGCACUGCCACCUGUUGGACACAGCUGCCCACUUAUCUCCAGGUGCAAUCCAUCACUGCAUCUGGGGACGGAGACCCUACAGUGGGCAGCUUGGACCUGAUCUUGCUUCCUCCUCCUUCCUCUGGCUCGGAGAGAUACACCCCAGUUUCACGUUCUUUCUGCUUGAGUGUGCAGGUGAUUGGUUUUACAGAAAUCAUAUUUACACCUUUUGUAUGCCACAGAAAUAAAAGAUAAUUUGUAUAGAAA